GCAGACGGCUCUCUAGUUCUCAGUCGCGCUGUGGACUGUGGGUGUCUGGGACGUUGCCUGGGCUUGUCAGGCUUUAGCAGUGCUGGACUGAACGCGACGCGACGCGACACCUCACCGUGCUCUCUAUUGUAAGCCUUCCGCCGUCAUCCACGCGUUCUCUUUCCACGCUUUUCGGCAUCAUGUCCAGUCGAGGUGGGAAGAAGAAGAUCUCCAAGACGUCCAGGUCUGCUAAGGCUGGUGUGAUCUUCCCUGUGGGACGGAUGCUGCGCUAUAUUAAAAGAGGGCUUCCCAAAUACAGGAUUGGUGUUGGAGCUCCAGUCUACAUGGCUGCAGUACUGGAGUACCUGACAGCUGAAAUCCUGGAGCUGGCAGGCAAUGCAGCCAGAGACAAUAAGAAGGGCCGCGUCACACCCAGACACAUUUUACUAGCCAUCGCCAAUGAUGAGGAGCUUCAUCAGAUAAUGCCAGAGGAAAAACUGGACAUACGCUAAACGACUGAGGAUCACACGCUAUCAGACUCUCACAACAAACUCAUGUUUCAUUGCUAGAAUAAGUAUGACGAAUGUCUAAAAUUGGCUCAAAAUACCAAACAUGUUUGAAAACCUCAGACUGGA